AUGUUAUCUUUUAUCUUUGAACAAAUAUUAUUUAGAGAAAUUAAGUGAGAAUUAUGAAAAUGAAUAUAGUUUUUAUAGCCUCAUUAAUUCUGGUGUUUUCUAAUUUUAUUGAAGCCUCAGAUGGAAUGGAUGUUAUGCAUAUUUCUGGCAAAGUUCUUUGCCAAGAUUGUACUCAAGGAUGGAAUGAAUGGGUUGAUGGUGCCAAAGCCAUCAAAGGUAGCAUCGUAUCUCUGACGUGUUUGGAUGAGAGAAGAAGAGUGAUGUAUUACGGAAGUGACCUAACAGAUGAAGCUGGGAUUUUCGACUUAAUUGUUAACCAAACUUGUCAUGGCAAAACAAUUAAGCCAAAAAAUUGCUUUGUGAGAUUGGUUUCUUCACCUGAUCCUGUUUGUAAUAUUGCCACCGACUUCGCCGGAGGAAAAUCCGGUGUAAAGCUCCACCGUCCGACGGUGGUUUACCGGGACUUGCUCAAAUAUGUGCUUAGCCCUUUCUACUACACAACUCCCAUGUGUGAUGAACCUAAUAUUAAUGAUGAUGAUAAUUUGGAGACUAAUGAUGAUAUAAAUCAAAACAAUUAUUAAAUUAAUUUUUUUUCUUCUAAUGUUUGUGUUUAAUUUCCCAUUUUGCAAAUGGAAAAUGACAAUUUAUCUAUGUUGGAUGAGUUGAUAAUUUUAUUUUGUACUAUUAAUUACGUGCAAUGGACAUAUAUAAGUUUGAGUUUUAAAGUC